GUCAAGAUGGCAGCUAUGGCGGCUGGAGACGAGCAUGCUUCCUCUGAAGUUUUGAGAGGAGUCGCCCGACAUUUAAACUGUCUGAACGAAGACAACAAAGCGACACGAAAGAGAGCUCUGGAGCUUAUCAAGAGGGAGACCUUAGAUAAAGGACUGUCCGGCAGCGUCCUACAGGAGGUCUUCUCUGCCCUCCUCAAGUCUCUCCUCAAAUGCCUGUCAGACCCCAUGGAGAGAUGCAGAGAGACAGCGAUAACGAUGAUAACAGAGUUUAUUCGCUGCGUCCCAAAGCCGGAGGAGUCGCUGCCUUACCUCAUGCCGUGCCUGGCUCAGAGGCUCGGGGAGAAGGAGAUCCUGGAGCCGGCGGAGGAGCUCCGGCUGUCGGCCGUGGAGAUGUUGACUCUGACGGUGGAGGUGUGCGGGAGGCAUUUAGCGCCGUAUCUGAACGACGUGAUCAACAUACUGCAGAGGACCGUCGUCGACCCUUUCCCUGAUGUCAGGAGAGAAAGCUGCAAAUGCACCGUAACCUUUGCAAAGUGUGUGCCAGAGCACUUCCACAUGCAGGCUGAGAGUCUGGUCAAGCCUCUCAUGCAGACGAUUGCUCAUCAACACUCGCGGGUACGAGUGUCUGUCAUCGAAGCCACCGGGGCUGUCAUUCAGCACGGCACUGGCAAGAAUGUGGACGACGUGCUCUCUCACCUGGCACAGAGGCUGUUUGACGACUCGCCACAGGUGAGAAAAGCUGUGACUGCAGUUGUUGGCGAUUGGCUGCUUUACAUGAGAGACAGAUACUCUUAUUUCCACAAACUCAUCCCACUCCUGCUGAGCAGCAUCAAUGAUGAGAUCCCAGAAAUAAGACUUCUAGCAGCUGAUUUAUGGAAGCAGGUAGGCGCCCAGUGGGAGAAGGAGAACGAGGAAGAAAUCAAGGACAAGCUGGACUUUCUCCUCACCCCACCUCCCUUUUACCCAGCAGGAGUGGAGCGUCCAGGGCUGGGCUGCAGAGAGCUCGUGGUGAGAAACCUGGGUAAGCUGGUGCCGGCCAUUGCCCACGACGUAACUGACUGGCUGGUGCCCACACGUGUCAGGACCUCUCAGCUGCUCUCCGUGCUGCUGCUCCAUGCCGAGGACCACAGCACCCAGCAUCUACAGCCUCUCCUGGCCACCCUGUACCGCGCCUGCACAGACUCAGAGAGGGAUGUGGUCAGCAAUUGCCUGGCAGCUGCUAAACUGCUGGGGACCUUUGUCCCUCCUGUUGUCCUCCUCAAGCUGCUGCUGGAUCACAUGACAGCGCCCUCUUCUUCCUCCCACCCCUGGGCACCCCUCAUGGUGCUGGCUGCAGUGCUGGGAGGCUGCUCCAAACCCCUCCUGAAACCACAUCUCGGACAAAUCGCCAACACGCUGGCCCAGCCUGACGUCUGCCAGGAAUAUCAACAGGUCUUGUACUUGGAGCAGCUGUUGGCCUGCGUGGACGUGCUGCUGCGUCAGUGUGAGUCAGACCCCGGCUCAGUCAGCCUGCAGCUGCUGCAGGUGCUGGUCACUGUCCAGAGCCUCUCCCCCGAGCCGCAUAUCAGCGAAAAGGCCUUGGAGAAUGUGCAGUUCUUGUGUAAGGUGCAAGGCCUGGACUCUGCGGAGCUCUAUAGACAACAUAUGGGCCAGCUGCUGGACUGGCUGUCUGCCUCUGUCAACACCUGGUCCAGUUACUCCCCACAGAGACUUCGACUGCAUAUCAUAGUCAUACAAUCAGGUCCAGUGAUCGGGGAGUUUGUCAGCCAGUUGAUGCCUCUGCUGUACAGCUGCCUUCAACCAGACAGAGACCCAGAGAUGAGGAUGAGCAUCUUCACAAUGCUUGCUAAAUUGCUUCUGGAUGCAGCCAACACACUGGAUUCCCAGGGGCAUUUCCGUGAUGAGUCAGAGAGGUUCCUGUGUGACAUCUUGCUUCCUAACCUGGUUUGGCACGCUGGUCGUACCGCUGCUGCUGUCCGCACCGCAGCCCUCAGCUGUGUGCUGGCCCUGCUGCACGGAGGGGCCAUCACACCUGGACAGCUGCUGUGUUUGGAGGACAAACUGAGUCCCCGGGUGCUGUCAGCUCUGGAAGAGGACUCUCAGACGGGCAGGCUGCUGGCUUGUCGUUCCCUGUCCGCCAUACUCAGGCUCAUAGGGACCAGUCUGCAGCCUGAGGCCCUCAACAAGGUCUACCCUGAGCUGCUGAAGCGCCUGGACGACAGCAGCGAGGAGGUGCGCGGUGUCGCCCUGCAGGCCUUGGGGCUGUGGCUGUCCAGCCUGACCAAAGAUUACAACCCUGAGCUCUUUGCUCCUCAUCUGCAGCUCCUCUUUCAGCAGCUCCUCCUGCACCUGGAUGACCCUGACAGCUCGGUGCAAGACCAAGUGCUCGAGAUCCUGAAGGCAGGCAGCUCAGUCCACCCGGCUCUUCUAAGGAGGGAGGUGGAGGUAGUGAGAGACAAACAGCGGAGUCCUCUCUACUGCGACCGGCUGCUCCAGCACAUCAGCUCGCUGCCCACAGAGCCCACAGCGGAGUGUCCUGAGUGACAGGAAGUUUGUGCCUUGAUUUAAAGAACUCUCUCACCUUAAAGUACAACAUCGAUGAACAACCUUUAACAGCAGGCUGAUAAUGACAUGAUCGAGCAUUUUUAGGUCUCCUUAAAUGAAGCUCAGUCAAUAUGUAGCUACUUGCCUUAAAUUCUUUAACCCUCAUGUGGGUGAGUAUAUGAGUGAUUUUAAGGUGAACUUUUCAGUGUGCCUUUUAAUGUCUCCUUUACCAUUUGUUUUUCUGCAUCUGUUCCUUUCAUUGCAUUCCUCUGGUUCUGAUGUUUUGUUUUACUGAAAAGAAACUGAUGUUUGAUGCACUGUGGUUUUGUUUAAAUGUUUUACCCAAACUCUCAGCACCCCUCUGAGUCUGCGAGAGGCUGGGCUAUGUGAUUGUUGUCUUCAAAAUAAAAGUGUUUUUUGUUUGUUUGUUAAGAAAGUUA